AUGAAAAUAAUGACAGGUGAACCUGUUCGAACGAGUUCAAAAACGACUCAUGCACCUCCACCUCCAAUCCAAUAUUCAACAUUGAAUGUCUUACAAGCAAAUAUUCCGCUUAAUCCUCCAUUAACAAAGUCAAUUCUCAAACGUCCACCACCAGUGAUUAGAGAUUUACGCGAAAUGAAUUUAUUCAAUGAAUUAUACCCUUUUCAUCAUGGACAAGCCCAAGUUCAAGAAACAGUUGAAAUCAUUCCACAACCCGUCUCAUAUGAACGCUAUUUCUAUUCUUAUAUAGAUGAUCAUACCGAUCUACGUUCACGCGAGUACAUUAAAUUAGACCAAGGUGUUUAUGUUCGUUCAGAUAAUGCAGGUCAAUUCUGUACAAAUGAACACCUGACAACCUUAUUUCAUAAUAUCGAAUAUGAUAAUCGAUUGAAAUUAGACUUCUAUUCGUCGACACUCUACAUCUUUCCUAAGAAGCGAAAUGAAAAGUUCAUUUCCGAGAUUCGCUACAUUCCUGAACACAUAACCAUCCGAUACAAGACAACAUUGGAUUUACUCUCGUCGACUGAACCUUAUUACGAAAAUACUCAAGAUUUCUAUCAAAUAUCCAAAGACAUUUUCUACCGAAUUUAA